CUUCGUUUGGUUGUUGGCGUUGUUUGUUGUGGGUACCGGGUUAUAGCCUCUCUGACCGUUGCCAUCUCUCCGCCGAUUUAUGUUUUGUUAACGCUGGGGUUGACGUGUCUGCCUUCUACGGCAACUAUACAUUAACCUAAUUUCGUCCUUUGCUGUCCAUCCCACGACUCGCGCCCGUCUUCGUAUCACAGCCUGCACUCCAGCGCCACCGGGAACGGCAACUUCACUGUUCGCAAACUAGGCAGCAACUACGGCAACCGAGUGGGGCUGGAGUUCGGGACAGAUGGCGUGGUGACUCGCAUGACCUGCACGUGCGGCUACUAGACUCGAUUCAAGAUCCCGUGCUGCGAUAUCAUCGCCGUCGGGCGAGCGUUGGACAAGUCCGACGAGAUCAUGUCAAGCAUCGACCCGGCCUACCACCUCGACACCUACCGAGCCCUGUACGCGGACAGCCGGUUCGAGGUGCAGCUGCCGGUGCCUGAUGAGCUGGCGGUUGACGUGGACAUUCUUCCUCCGGCCUGGGUGCCCAACCAGGCUGGUCGCCCCAAGAAAAAGGGGCCCUCGAGGACGAAGAGGAUCCCAUCCAGGGGAGAGCACGCUUCGUCGUCCUCCUACAACGUCCGCCUGAUGCCCGCCCUGUCUGAGGGCGCGCCUGCAUCGUAGCAGGGAGCGCCCGCAUCGUCGCAGGGAGCGCCCACCUUGUCUCAGGGAGCUCCCGCCCUGUCGCAGGGCGGCGUGCAGUCUGGUGUUAUCUCCGUUGACUAGAUGGGUAACAAGUACCUCGCGUUUCGUGACCUCGGAGUUUGCUGUCUUCGACCACCAUUGUCCGUUGUGCUGUCGCUCUUGCUGUGUCUUCUUGAAGUUCCUCGGUAACGUUUCCUCGUGUUGUGAUUUUACGGAGGGAUGGGCCGGUGAAGUGGCUGAGCAGCGGCGGUACUGGCCUGGCAUGGCAUGGCCUGGCCCGCCUUGUUUGGGUUGAGAAAUUCCGGGCAUGAAUCUCACGCGAGUUGUCGCAGGAUGGUGUUGGGCUGUUGAUUUUUGACUGUUGGGUGUGCGAGGUGACCGGCCUCCCUUCACACAAGCACGGCGGUCAGUUCGCUGUAGCGCCAACCUAGUGGGGGCACGAUUUUGCGUCUCUGACGGUUGUUUUGUUUGGGUAGCUUUGACAGGAAAUAAUCUAUUGUCUCGACUAGGAGCGCUGUGCGUUUUUUUGUCUCGUGUUUCGUGUGUCAUUUCCGAACUCUUCGUUCUGUUCCGGGGUCGUUUAUCGUUUCACCUUUUCAUUCUGUUUUUGGUCCAUCCUUGUUUAUUUCGUGCCAUCUUCGCCUCUUCAGUCGGUCCACGUUAGACAUCUGCUGACAGCAGUGGAUCAUCAGAUGGCACCAGAAAGAAAGCUUUUAUCGCCAAUACGAGGGAUGGUACGUGUUGAUCCUGUGUUUC